AGCGCUCCUUGCGCGUCUGGGCCUAGUCGGGAAAUGUUUUGGGACAAAGAGAGAAGGAGAGGAGGGGAGAGGAGAGGAAAGGAGAGGAGAGGAGGGGAGAGGAGAUGAGAUGAGAGGAGGGGAGAGGAGAUGAGACGAGGGCAUAUACAAUGGAGGUGACAUUACCGGAGGAAGAAGGACUGCCCAAGGAUUUUCUGCGACUGGAAUUGGAUCUGUGUUCUCAACUUGCCGAGAGUUUCCCCCCUCCCGUCUCGUACGUGUACAACCCUCUGGAGUAUGCGUGGGGCCCACACCGACAGUACGUGGAGAGGUUCUGCCGAACCCCCAAACAGUUCCUCUUCCUGGGAAUGAACCCUGGACCGUUUGGGAUGGUGCAGACUGGAGUCCCGUUUGGAGAGGUGGGGUCGGUGCGUGACUGGCUGGGGGUGAGCGGGGAGGUGGGACGUCCAGUGAGGGAGCACCCGAAACGUCCCGUGUUGGGCUGGAGUUGCCGGAGGUCGGAGUCAGGUGCGAGCCGUGGAACGAGUGUUAUUUCAGUUGGCGACCUGCAUGCGGCAAGCGCGUCGAAACCGGAAGCGGGGGCCGCGCGGAGGUCGAGUGAGUGACGUGAAGUUCGAGCGAAGUCCGCGGGAAGUUCGUGCGUGACGUACGGUGUCGGGCGGCGUUUUUCGGAGCCCCGCGUGAUGUCGGGACCAGCCCCGCACAACUCCAUACGGCUCCGGCGAUCGGAGUGGGACCGGCCCCGCGAGGCCGUACGGCUCAAGCGACCAUGUUAGGUCGCGCUUGCCGCAUGGAGUCGCAUGCUCGUGGGACACGCCCUUAAUAUGUUCAUAAUUGUAGAUUUUUCAGGCCAGUCAUCAAACAUGCCGCCUAACCGUGGGAGUGAACAAUGUGAUCAAGUGUAAUUGUGCUAAAGGCAGAAUAGCAAUUCAAUAAACUAAUUUUUAUACCACU